UUGCACACCACAGGGCUUGAUCCGCAGCUGCUACGGCGGCCCGAAACCACCUAAACUGUCCGAACUAUUCUUCCCCCCCUCCGUUUUACCAGAAGACGCACCGCAGCGGAAGUUACAAACUAUCCCAGCCAAUCAAGCGCUACGAGUUUGUCACGUGACUCCGCUCUUCUUACGCAUCCACCACUCACCGAAUUGCACGUGAUCCUUAUGUGGAAGCUGAUUGGCCUCAGUAGCUAGUAGGGUUCUCCGCGGUCCAUCACAAGGAGAAAACGUCUUGGCUGUUUCCUCCUCCUUCUUUUACAACCCUCCUCCUAUCCGUGCGUGCGUGCGUGCGUUCGGUGUGUCCGUGUAGCGUCGUGCGUGUUCUGUAUGCGUACGGGCUGCGCGCAGCAGCUUUAUCAGCGGUCGCUUGGGGGUACGGAGAGAAUCGCCGGACAAAUCUUUCCUGCGCCAUUUUGGGGGACAUCCGCACAGACGGAAGCGCACGCCGACAAGUGACGGCACUUGGGAACGGUGAUCCAGCAAACUCUGAACUUCGGAUCGCUCUGCCCGAGGAAGGAACCCCCAUCCAACAAAGCCAUGGUGAACACAAAGGACAUCGCCGACAGAGUGGAAAAGGCCAUCGCCGGCCUGCCGGAGAGGUUGCAAAUGGUUUUCAACCUCGCCGAACAGAAGACCGGGGUUCGACGGUCCUACAUCGGUUUGGGUCUGGGAGGCUUCUUUGCCUUGUACAUGAUCUUCGGCUACUUUGCCCAGCUGCUGUGCAACCUGGUCGGAUUCGCCGUUCCCGCUUAUGCCUCCAUGCAUGCCAUCGAGUCGACCAGCAAGUCUGACGACACCAAGUGGCUGACGUACUGGGUGGUGUUUGCCUGCUUCUCCUGCGUGGACUUCUUUGCCGACUCCAUUCUUUGCUAUUUUCCCUUCUACUGGCUGGCCAAGAUCAUCUUCCUGGUGUACUGCUUCUUCCCCUCGGAGCGCAACGGCUCGGUGGUGCUGUACUCCCGGCUGAUCCGGCCCUACUUCCUCCAGAGCCAAGGGAAAGUAGAUGCUGCCGUCAAGAACCUUGCGUCCUCGGCAACCGCGGGCUUCGAGAGUGCCCUCCGUGCGGCUGCCUCUGCCAAAUCGGAGUGAGGACCAGCCUUGCCUUGUGCCAGAGCGAGCACCACGGUUGUGACCCAGAGGUGUGCUCGCCGUGCGAAGCACCGGGUUUUCGUCGCACCUGCAAAGGAGCCGGCUGCGUGGGACAUCCCAUGAAGCCGGCAGUCUGGUGGCAAGCGGGCCUUUUGUAGCGGGGGGAGGGGGGGGGGGGGUUCCUUUUUGCUUCCUUGCGAAACUAAUAAAGAUGUACCGUUUUAGCAUAGCGCGUGCGCUACCUUUUUU